AUGCGGGUGGGCCGUGGCAGGCAGGCUGCCUCGCUCGCCGCGACCGUUGGUGUUGUCAAUCACGGCGCAGCCGCGCCGCUGGUUGACGCACCAAAGGCCGCGCGCCCGGCGGAUGCACCGGAUGCCUCUGUUGCAGAUAACGAGUGGCACGUAGUCACCCCACGAAGGGACAGACGCCGUGCUGCAGGACGCAGACCACCGCCUCCGGACCGACGGCGCAUCAUACCGCCCAGUCCGCCUAACAGCGGCCCGGCGCGAGCCAACGCGCCUGGGCGGCCGGCGCGAGCUAAACCUCCUGUUUCUCGCGCUGGCGGCAGGGCGCGGGCGACCGCUGGGCCAUCUGUUGGCGGCGCGGCGAACAACAGCCGCGGUGCGCUGGGCCCGAGCGCCAGGCCGGCGCGAGCUACACCUGGAGGCGCCCGGCCGGCGCGGGCUACACCGGCCACCUCUACGACAACUGCGCCAUCCGGUAGCGAUCGUCGGGCACCCAGUCCGCGUAACAGCGGGCCGGGGCGAGCCGGCGCGUCCGGUCUGCCUGCGCGAGCUACACCUCGUGUUUCUUGCGCCGGCGGCGGGCCGCUGGCGACUGCCGGGCCAUCUGUUGGCGGCGCGGCGAACACCAGCCGCGGUGCGCCCGACCCGAGCGCCAGGCCGGCGCAAGCUACACCGGCCCCUGCUGCUACCGCUGCGCCACCUGUCACCACCGGCGCGGCGAUCGAAAGCAGCACUGCGCGGCCCACGCCAGAUGGCAGCACGGCACCACCACCGACGCAGAUGACGGAGCAGCGCGACGUGAACGGAGGGACUGCAGCUGCAUUUCCGAGACGUGGCAGCAGGAAGAGGAGAUGCCGACGCCGUAACAACCGUCCCAGUCCUGAUCCUCCGCCGCAAAACUCCCGUCCUUCACCAAACCUGACAGACCCCCUCGUUCACGACAAGCAGUGGUGGGACGCAUUCGUCGCGGUCGUCGAGGACUUCAUCUCCGAGAUCGCCGAGACGAAGCCACAACGCCAGGCAGCCGGAGGUCGACAGGAUGGGCCACCAGCAGCAGCGCACCGCGGCCAGGGCCGCGCCGACGCUGCUGCCAAUCCCCCUCCCCCUGCCCCUACACGCGGCCGCGGUGGGCAGCGCGGUGGACGUGGCGCACGGCGCGCGGCGGCCGCCAAGCGUCGGUACGACGCGAAUGCAGCGUCUGAGAUUCAGAAGCUGUACCGCGCGGACCGGCGCAAGGCGAUGCAGCGCGUCCUUGGCGAGACGUCGCCGUACUGCCAAAUCGAUGGCAACGUGCUCACGGAGCACUUCAAGAAAGUAUAUGCUAAAUCUGACUUUUCUGUUUCAGAUGCACCAGCUGCUGUCCCGGACUUUGCCGCCACCACGCCUCCUGAUGUCAGCGAGGAGGUCCUGCCGCCGAUCACCCCCUCAGAGGUGUAA